AUGAGGGACAUGUGGGUAUGUAAUGUAUUGGAGAGUCUGGAACUGGAGUACAGGAGAGAGGAGGACUGGUGUGGAGGUAAUGAUAAACUGGGCUCAACGGCAGAGACGGACCACGUCAGCCCUCUCAUCAACAAACACCUGGAGCAGAAAGAAGCCUUUCUCAAGGCAUGUACUUUAGCACGUCGUAACGCGGAGGUCUUUCUUAAGUACAUCCAUCGAAACAAUGUGAGCAUGCCUGGGGUCGCCACCCACAAUCGAUCCACUGAGUCCCAAGUAAAAGCCAUUCUGAGUGAGCUGCUACAGAGGGAAAACCGUGUCCUUCAUUUCUGGACUAUGAAAAAAAGACGUUUAGAUCAAUGCCAACAGUACGUUCUGUUUGAACGACAUGCUAAACAGGCAUGGAAGCGGACUGGCUCUCAUUCCACAGCUUCAAGUUCCCUAGACGUACUUCCAGGAAUCCCUGCCAUUCCCAUGCAGUGUUACCGGCUCUGUUUAUCCUGA